GCACCAGAGAACAACAUUAUACACCCGACUAUUGAAAAGAGGGAAAGAAAGAGGACAGACUGAGUUUCGGGAGGAUUUGACUGGAAGGGAGUGGAGAGCUGGACUAAACCAUGGCCACAUCUACGUCUUGCACUGGUUGCACAUUGCUGCAGCCAAUUAGUGACAUUAUCGACCUACCGCUGGACCAGGUGAACUUUGUGGUGUGCCAGCUCUUUGCCCUGGUAAUGGCCUUCUGGUUCAGGCUCUACCUGCAUCCCAGUAAGACCAGUCCCUUCAUCCGGCAUGUAGUUGCCACCCUGCUGGGCUUCUAUCUGGCUCUCUUCUGCUUUGGCUGGUAUGCUUUACACUUUCUUGUACAGAGUGGUCUUGCCUAUGGCGUAAUGAUUUUCACAGGCGUGGAACACAUGCACAAAUACUGCUUUGUGGUUACGCUGGGAUACCUCAGUUUCUGCCAAAUCACCAGAGUGUACGUGUUUGACUAUGGCAUGUACUCUGCGGACUUCACUGGGCCCAUGAUGGUUAUCACUCAGAAGAUCACAAGCUUGGCAUUUGAGAUUCAUGACGGUCUGAUGAAGAGGGAGGAGCAUCUGAAACCAAGUCAAAAGUAUCUUGCUGUCAGAAAAAUGCCCAGUCUGCUGGCGUAUCUGAGUUAUAACUGUAACUUCAUGGGGAUCCUGGCAGGCCCGACUUGCUCUUACAAUGAUUACAUUGCCUUUAUAGAGGGCAGAUGCUACGAGCUCAGACAUGUGGUGUCAAAUGGCACAGAGAACUGCAAAUUCAAGCAGAGUGACCCUUCACCUAAGAGGGAUGUGAUCCAGAAAGUCUUCACAUGUGCUGUUUCCCUGCUGGUGUAUUUGGUGAUCUACACCGCGUGCCCCACUGACCGUGUCAUCAAUGACUCCUUCAUGGCCUCUAACCCAUUUUACAUCCAGGUCCUGUACCUCUACAUCUCCAUGCUGGCCUUACGUCCUAAGUACUACUUUGUAUGGACAUUAGCUGAUGCCAUCAACAAUGCAGCUGGUUUUGGCUUUAAUGGCUAUAACACAGAUGGUACACCAAAAUGGGACAAAAUAUCAAACUUGAAAAUAAUGGACAUUGAGUUUGCCACCAGCUUUAAGAUGUUCUUGGAUAACUGGAAUAUUCAGACAGCCCUUUGGUUAAAAAGGGUGUGUUACGAGCGCUGCCCGUACAAUCCGACAGCAGCCACUUUCCUCCUCUCCGCCAUGUGGCACGGAGUGUACCCGGGGUAUUACCUGACUUUCAUCACGGGCAUCAGCAUGACAAUGGCAGCACGGGCAGUCAGACACAACGUGAGACAAUACUUCCUGGGCUCAUCCACACUCAAGCUUAUCUAUGAUGUGAUCACGUGGGCCAGCACGCAGAUCGCCAUAUGCUACACUGUUGUACCAUUUGUACUACUGGCAGUGGGGCCAUCACUAAAGUUUUAUAGCUCGUGGUACUGCUGCAUGCACUUGAUCUGCUUGUUACUGGUGCUGGUGUUACCCGUGAAGUCCAGACGCUCACAUGCAAAACAACAGCAGCACCAGAGCAGCAUUCAUACCAGCGAACACAACUGCCUCUCCUCUCCUGACAACAACUGCAAUGAGAAGCAGAAAGCCACAUGAGGGCGGCAUGGAGGGCCGCUCGCUCGCACACGCUGCUGUGAGGAACUCUGAUAUCAAUACUGAGAGACAAAGGGCGGCCAUUUCUAUCCUUAGAUCCAACGGUGGCAUUAACAAGGCACAAACUCCAGCAACAAAACAGAGAGAAGAGACGCCGAAAACAUUAUCGCCCAGAUGAAGAUGCAUUUGCUGUGGUUUUAUAUAGGAAAAACUUUCAUAGGAUCUUAUGAAAUUGGGGGUAUUUUUGGAUCUAGGUGAAUAAUUAUAGGAAGCAGAAUAAUUGACUUAAACGUCAGUAAAUCUAAAGUUGCCUUAAAGCCUCUAUAUAUUUAGGGCCUGAAGCAACGUAUUGGGAUCGUGUCACGUAGGAAUGGGCAGUCAUUCUUGGCUUAUAGUGUCACUACAUUAGUGCAGGAAGUCUAGCACUGGAAUCAGCUUCCAUGCUACGUAAAGGAUUCUGCCAUUUUCAUUUAAACAAAGUAACCUCAGUUUGAGAUCUCCUCAAAAGAAUGUGUGUGGUAAUGUUAAAAAAAAACAAGUACUUGUGUGUUGCCAAACUCAUAGGCCUUAGGUUCUUAUCUCUUGCCAUCAAUUGAUCUUUAUUGUUUGUUAAUAGAGCUUUUCAGUCAUGACAUCAAUUUGUAGACCAACCCGAAAGACUAAUUCGCCAUGGGUUCCCUCAGGAAUUUUAAAUGGGUUUUUAGAAUAGUGAUGUUUGAUUUAUGAGGAAAAUAAGCUCUGUGGCUAACAUUACUGGAAGCAACUUUCUGUUUUUGUUCGGCAACAAGAAUACUUGCUUGAUACAAUAAAUGACGUAUAAUUCAUCAGAAAACCAUAGCUGUGCUUAUGUUGCAGCAUACUGUCAACAUUUUAAAAAUUCAUGUUUGAGGUAUGACUGUGUGAUUUAUGGCGUAGAACAAAAUGCAAAAGUCUCUUCAAGUAAUUAAACCUUAUUUUACUCUAUUCUUAACCCUUUGGAUAUUCCUGAGGGAACUCACGGCUCAGAAAUGCUAAUUCAAAGGUUUUAGGACUACAAACUGAACAGCUCUAUUUCUGUGGUUUUCUAGUAGUUUCAUAUCUGCUGCUUUAUCUGGCUUUGUUGGGAAAAAGGCUUAAAGGGAGGAGGCCUUCGUUUUAAAUAAUUCUUUUUCUUCUUCUUCUUCUUUUUUUGCUAUAAUUUCAGUGAUUUGUUUUGUUGAUUUUUGCUAGGGGCUUUCUAUUUCAUUAAAGGUGCACUCAGUAACUUUUGUCUUUGUGUCAUCUUGGACUUACACUGACACCUAGCGGCUUGGAUGCGGCAUCAUUUAAAAUCAAUAGUUUUCAGUUUGAGAUGCCAUUGUAGAUAUUUAGCAUUCACAGUUAGCCUUGAUUACUUUAACAUGUCAAAUAAUAGGACAUUUACUGACAUUAAGCGAGUACGUAGUGUUCAGCUGGUCAUGUGAUUCUAACAUGGCAGCCCCCAUGUGUGGACCCUCUCCAUGUAGAAUAAAACAGCUUUUAUAAGGUUACUGAUAUGACUGAAGUCUUCAUUGAGUGGUCCAUGUGAGUGGGCGUGAUUUCCUACCUAUAUAGCAAAAUUACAAUUCAUGUCUUAAGGAGUUAAACUUAAAUGCGGAUGAAAUUACAGAGUGCACCUUUAAGGGUGGUAUUUAUUUUAUUAUUUGUGGAUUGUGGGUUUCCUCAGGGCUUGCAGGUCUCAUUUUAGACAAGAUAGUUUCUCUAUGAUCUAUGUUUCUCAGGAGCUAUUAACAGAAAACACCAUUCAUUGGGUCUCAUUCACUGAUAUGUGAACACAACAAGUGAGUAUGCACAUUCAUUUGUUCUUACCCUCGUUCUGAUGGUGACAAAUCUGGAUGAUCCUAAAUUAGGGAGUCCGUGCCAGCUGUUACUAAUUAGGAUAAUACACACCCAGACAAUCUCCAUAUAAGGGCUUUCCGCACAACACUCUCAUAAGAUGCACUUGUCUGAGAGAAUGUUCAGCAGGAUCUAAAGUGUGCAAUUCUCAAAACCAGUUGAAAUGGCUAAUAGUUUUUUUCACAGUAAUAGUCCAAAUUUAAUGUACUGUCAUUUAAAGGCUGUUCGCACCAAGUGUUGAAGUGUCUCGUUUUUAGAUGGCGAGUCAGAUUAAAAAGAACAUUAACUUUUAAAAAAGCCUCCAGAGACACCUGUGUUCUGUUCUAUUCGUUGUUCUGCAUCUCGCUUUUUUAGUGUAAGAAAUCGUUCGGUCUGAACAGCCCUUUAGUUAUUCAUAUACACAAAGGUAUACAUUUUAUUUCCAUAGAGACACAACAAACAACAAACAUAAUUUCAAAUCGAUACAAUAAUAAAAUGUUAGCUAGCCUUCUAUCCAACACUACUGUAUUUAGGUUUAGUGUUUGGUUAAGGGAUCUGGCUUUAUGGUUAGGUUUGGGUUAGGGGUUAAAUAUAGGAAAACAUUUAAUACAUUUGUUUGUUGGUUUGUUCAUUUUUCUCUAUGGAAGUUAAAGUUGUAUGUUUUUGUCCUAGCCAACUUGUACGAUUUCUUGCGAUUUCGCUAUCUAUCGCAUAUAUCGCACACUAUUAUUAUAACUUGUCAUGAGAGUCGUGGUUUUUGCGUUUGUGCGGUUUCAGUUGGGUCGAAAAUUUUAUGUCAAUUUUGAAUUAAUUUAAGCACCAAUUGUUGAUGAAUCAUGAUUUCUGCAUGAAAACGUCUGCACAUCGAUUUUAUGCAUGGUUAGUGAAUGACACCCAGUAUUUCUCAAUAUCAUAACUUGUUUAUACAAAGGUAUUUUUAUUUCACGGACAUACCCAAGUGCAUUAUCUUUUUUCAUCUUUUUCAUUAGUGCAUGUUGAGUGAAGAGAUGGUGUUUAGUUUUGAAUACAAUGCUAGUGCUCUUAUCAAACCUCCACAACAGUCAUAAUUGUGUAGUGCUUCAGUAUGUAUACAUGCAAUACUCAGUACUUUACCUGGAUACAUGAGAUACUACACACAGUACUUGGAUACAUGCAGUUUCAACAUUUAUUCAGGAUCAGUGCUUGACUACUUCAUUAUGUUGGAGUUUUUUCAGUUCAUCCAUCUGUGUUUUUGGGCCCUAAAGAAACCUGCAACAAUCUUGAUUAACAAAGUAGAUUUACUAAUGUCACAACAUUUAAUUUCUUCAAAAAAUUAUCCUUAAAACAAUGUCAGAAAGCGUUGCUCACAUCACUUGAUCUUAGUCCCCCGAAAUCUACAUUUUAUAGGUGCACACAGUAACUUUUUUUUUUUUGUGUCAUCUUGGACUUGCAGUGACACCUAGUGGUGUGGAUGCAGCAUCAUUUAAAAUCAAACGUUUUCCUUAACAGAUGCCAUUGUAGAAUUUACUAUUUACUGUCAGACAUUGUUAAUUUAGUCCAAGAGUGAAAGUUUCCAAUAACAGGGUGGUUACUAAGAUUGAGUAAGUGGUAUUCGGCUGGUCAUGUGUUUGUAACAUGGCAGCCCCAUUAGGGGACCCGCUCAACAUAGAAUAAAAUAGCUUUUAUAAGGCUACUAAUAUGACUGGAAUUAUCUCCUCAUGUGAGUGGUCAUGACUUAAUACAUACGUUUCAAAAUUACAAUUCAUUUAUUUCGGAGUAAAACAUUUUUAAUGAAGAAAGAAAAUACUGUGUGCACCUUUAAGAUAAGAGCAAAUGUGUGGUUUCUUCCACACGUUUACCUCUUUGUGAAAGUGACUUCUCUGCAUGUUAAGUUAGCAAAGGAUAGAUCUUUAUGUGUUAAUUAUGGGCUUAAGGGACUAAAGCAUUUACCAAAGUGUGUUUCACUGCAUAUUUGUUUUUUGUUUUUUUACUUUUUGAUCAAGACUUUGGAGCUUGUUUAAAUAUCUCAAAAUGUAAGGGUAUAAGGGGCGAGUUGAGUAAAAAUAAUGAGCAGGAUACAUAGCUAGUUUAUGAAAAACAAUGUGUUUUUCAGGGAGUAAAUUUGACCAACCUUCUAUCCCUGUGGUAUUGUAAGCACACUUCUCUAAAGUCUUAUUGUAUUUGGAUUCACAGAACACCAGGCACAUAAAAUCAGAUUAAUUACAGUUGUAAUUGAAGAACAAUUGUAGCAACUGCAUAUCCGAUAAGAAGAUGAAUGCCAAGUCUGCAGCUCUUGUUGGUAUUAUUGCAUUAUAAGUGUUCAAAACCUUUUUAGUACAAAAUGAAGAGUUUUGCUCACGAGUCCUUUAAUAUAUCAAUUGUAUAUUUUUGCUUAUUUUUCCUUAAAGAUUUAGCUUAAGGUGAUAGUUCAUCAAAAUACAAAAACCGGGCCAUGUCCAGGAUUUUAUACAUGGGGGGCAAGUGUAGAAUAAGGGGUGGCAACUAGGGCCGCAUUAAGGUAGUCCGGGGCUUACCUCUUUGCUUUGUCCUGCCAGAUGUCAGACCAGACCGCAGUUCUGUCCUCUUUAAUCACACUCAUGUUCUUCCAAAAUGACUUUCUGUCCUCCAUUGAACACAAGGGAGAUGCUCACGAGAAUGUUAGAUUCAAUCACCUUCACUUUCAGUGUUUCUUUUUUCACAUACAAUGAAAGUGAAUGGUGACUAAGGCUUACAUUCUGCUUAACAUGUCCUUUAGAGGUCCACAGAGGUAAAAAAAAAAAAAAAGUAGUCAUAUGGGUUUUGAACAAUGUGUAGAUGAGUAUAAAAUUUUGUGGGCGCUGUCCUGUUAAUGUAUUAAUUGUGGGGUAACAUUUUACAAUAAGGUUCCAUUUUGUUAACGUGAACUAACAAUGAACAAUAGUUUACAGGAUUUAUUUAUCUUGGUUAAUGUUAAUUUCAACAUAUUGUAUAUUAAUAUUUUAAUUUUUUAAAUCAAAAGUUGUAUGUUAACAUUAGUUAUUGCACUAGGAAUGAACAAUGAACAGUUGUAUUUUUAUUAACUAACAUUAACAAAUGUUAAUAAAUUCUGUAAAAUAAUACAUUGAUCAUGGAAAAUUGUCAUUUUUACUCACCUUCACAUGGUUCAUGAAACCUACUGCAUUAACUAAUGUUAAUGAAUGGGAUCUUAUUGUAAAGUGCUACCAAUUGUAACUAGUGUACUAAUCACAUAACAAGCACCUCAAUGCAAACUUGCUUCAAACGUCCAAAGUUGUAGCGAACACACACACAAGAUGAGACAGUCACAAUGUCGGAUGAAACUGCUUUAUUAAUAGAAAGCAGGCAAAAGUACAUAACAGGGUAAAUCCAGAGGGAGAAUUGUCGAGGGAAGCGUAGGGUCAAUAGCCGGGGAAUCAAAGUAUCGUAAGGGGCAAAUCUGGGAGAGAGUGGUAAACGAGAGCGGGAGGUCGAAGCCGGGAAAACAGUUAACAAUUAGGGCGAAGAACUAGACGGGACUAGCGGGAUCAAAGACAGGAGAACAAGGGGAGCUGGCAAGCUAAGGGGUAAGCAAGAGGAGGUCAAAACUAGACGAGACUAGCGGGGGGCAAAGAUACGGGAAACUAAACACAAUAACCAACCCCCGUGAAACGGAUGUGCUGUGGUAUUUAUAGGGGAAGGUGCAGGUGUAAACAAUGAAAGGUGAUGAGACGAGUGCAGGUGAAACUAAUGUGCAGGAGGAUUGGAAGCGCGUGAGAAACUCGAGGAAGGGAGAUAACCUACGAGCAUGUGAGCGAGUAGGAGCAAAGUGGGCGUGAGGGCUCGAGCGAGCAAAAAGAGCGUGAAAAGCUCGAGGGUGCGGAGCGAGGGAGUGAGGUCGAGGGAGUGAGUGUGUGUGCGACGAAGCGGGGAUGGGGCAGAGGAGCGGGGUUCGUGACAAAAGUGCCAAAUCACAUGAGGUGCACAAGCUGUACGUCUGCAACAAAAAGAUCACUUUAUUUGAAAAUGUUUGCAACAGGGUGAGAAGUUUGUACUAAAAAAAAAAAAAAGAGUGAUUUAUUUGGUCUUAAAAAAAAUAUUAAAUAAACAUUUUUACCCACUGAGAAUGGGAGAGGUUUUAGUUUUCACUCUCCCUUUUGCACUUUUGGUAGGAAUGAGUCGUGAUUGUGCUAAUGUAGAAAACUGCCAGAGCAAUGCAAGAGACUUUUGUGAUACUCAAUGGUUUGAAUAGAUGGUUACUAAAACGUAAAUGCUUGAAUUUCCCCACAUGGUUACACUAUAUUCAGUGUAGCAUCUUUUAUUGUUAAACAAAAUAAACCAUGAUGGCAUUCCAGUGUUAUAGGCGUACAUGUAAACAGGUUGCAUCCAUAGAAUGACAUUAGACUGUGUUCAUUGUUGUUUAUGUGUAAACAUUGUCCCUUUGUUCAAAUACAUUGUCUCUUUGCUCAAAAAUAUCAGCUGCAUACAGCCAAAGGUUUUUAGUUUGUCAAGGCCCAAGUAAUUAAUAUUGAAGGCAUAGAUCAGCAUUAUUUAUCUGUUAAAUUUCAGUUAUGUGGGGUUAAGUCAUUCAUUGAUUUCUGUACUAUUUCCAACUACUGAUUCAGCCAUGAAUAUGUGAAACUGUGUGACUACUGUAAUUUCUCUAUAGUGCACAACUUUUACACUAACCCCCUAAACGGUUCUGUCCUUUUUUAUUGUCUUGUUGACAUGUUUUUUGAUCAUUCAAAUGUUAAUGAUUUGUGACCCUUUAUAAACAUGCAAACCCCCUUACUGAUUUCUGAGCUUUCCAGUUAUUGCCCAGAAUCAUGUACUCUCACAAUAUUAUUCCUACGGACUGGUCUUGGCAUUGCAUAAACCUGUAAUGUACUGGAACAUUAAGGAUUUGUAUUAAAUGUUUCAAGGUUGUUGAGAUAAACAGGAAAUUAAUACCUAAUGCGUUACCCGUUUCAAUAUAAUGAGUCCUCUUUUGUGCAAAACAACUUUUUUACUCUCAUGCAACAUGGAUUGAGAACUGUUCGGAGGGGAACCAAAACUGUCUCACUGAUUUUUUUUUUUUCCUUCUUUAAAUCAGUGUAAUAACCAUAAAUUGAGAUGUGAUAAUUACCCUUGACAUUUGACUGGUUUGAGGAGUGCUCUGAAGUUUUGCCAAGCCAAACAAUCCUCCUUUGAAAACAGGACUUGGGACAAUUAUUUAAUUCCACUACCUUGUUGAAAGUCACAAAACAAA